GUGGGGGGCGCGCUCUCCUCUGCGCGCGCGGUGGCCAUCGGCGGGGAGCACGGCGCGAUGCCUCUUAGGUGCCAGCAGAGCCCGGUGGUGGCAGGCAGCGUCACUUUGGCCGCCCUGGGGGCACUGACCCUGUACCUCGCGAAGCCUUCGGGCUACGGGAAGUACACGGAGAGCCUGGUGCCCGGAGCUGCCCGCCUGCCCGCCCGCGCCGCCUGGUUUUUGCAGGAGCUGCCCUCCUUCGUGGUGCCCGUGGGCAUCCUGGCCCGGCAGCCCCGCUCUCUCUUCGGACCGCCUGGCACUGUGCUUCUGGGCCUCUUCUGCACGCAUUACUUCCACAGGACGUUCAUUUACUCGCUGCUCACCCGAGGGAGGCCUUUCCCAGCUACACUGUUUUUCCAAGGCUUCAUCUUCUGCAUCGGAAAUGGGUUCCUCCAGGGCUACUCUCUGAUUUACUGUGCGGACUACCCUGACUCCUGGUACACGGAUCUAAGGUUUAGCCUGGGUAUCUGCUUAUUUAUUCUGGGAAUGGGCAUCAACAUUCAUAGUGACUAUAUAUUGCGCAAGCUCAGGAAGCCUGGAGAAAUCACCUAUAGGAUCCCACAAGGUGGCUUGUUCACAUAUGUAUCUGGAGCCAACUUCCUGGGUGAGAUUAUUGAAUGGAUUGGCUAUGCCUUGGCUGCCUGGUCCCUCCCAGCAUUUGCAUUCGCGUUUUUCUCUCUGUGUUUCCUUGGGCUGCGUGCUUUUCACCACCAUAGGUUCUACCUCAAAAUGUUUGAGGACUACCCCAAGUCUCGGAGAGCCCUUAUCCCAUUCAUCUUUUAAAGAACGCGAAUAAACCAGGAGCCAGGCUCCCACAGUAUCAAUGAAAACUGUCAAGCUGCUGAAACUUCACUUUUAAAGUGCCGCCACCUGCAUACGUAGUAGUCGGUCACUUGGUGUUCUGCCAGCGGGCCUGAGGAUUGUGAGUGGGUUUCUCCCACCCAUCCAGAGAGUUCUGUACUGGUCUCCCUUGGAGCUUCAAACAGACCCUUGUCCCCUGGAGACUUUCCCUUCUUUGCUAUUCUUCCUGGAAAGUGCAAGGCUCCCCCUGGUAUGCUGUCGUGGGGAAUACAGCUGCAUGUGCCUGCUGGGGUCUCUGGAGCAGUGGGAGGGGGCGGGGCUGGAGUCAGGAAUGUUCUGGGUGGAGGACAUGCUUGCCAAGCUUAGUGAAGGCGUACAUUGUUGUGCCUUUACAGAGCAGCAGCGAUGUACAUUCUGAAACCACAUCGUCCUCGAACAAACUCACUCCCAAAUGACGACCGAGCCGUCUCUUCGUUUUCCCUCAUUAGGAAGGAGAUGAAGCGAUCAGGCAGACGUUAGAUGAAAGGGCCCCCUCCUCAGGUGGCUGAGAACACGCUGAUGCACGGAGUCCAUUUUAGAGCUGUGCAGCCUCUCAGUUGAUGAGUGCCUCUGUGUUUGGAGGAUUUCUCAAUCCCUAUCAGAGAUCAUCACAGCCUGGCCUGGAGAACUGGCGUGGUUUUCUUGAAGGUCGGGCUUUUAUGACCACAAAGAAAAAGAUGUGACCUUGGAUGGCCAGUGAGGGAGCUGAGAAGUGUUUCACCAUAGAUGUUGCAAACCUGGGUGUUCUGGAAGCUGAUGGGAAUAGCCCCGUCAUGAGAACAUGUGGAAGGAGGGAAACCUGUGAGUGAGACUGGACGGUGUUUGGCUCAGGAUGUCUCCAGGGAUAUGAAGUGCAUCAGAGGCACUGAGAACUUCCCUGUCCCGGCGUUUCUUCGUCGCAGUCUGUGGGACCUGGCCAAGAAGGUGUGUCCCCAGGGACAUGGGCCCACUGACCCUCACAGGCCCUGAGACCAGAGCUGAGCACUGCAGGUAGAGGGCCACUUCGUGUAGGCGGAAACUUGGUGGAGUCAGAUAAGGUUCCACACAUAGCUUGAAUACACAUAUAUAGAUAUAUAUUCAAUGUUUGCAAAAUCUAAAAACUGGGGGGCUGCUGCCUACAACUCUGGCAUUCUGACUUUUUAAAGCAGAUGGAGGAUGUGGGCACCCAGGUGAGCUGAGAAAUGAGCAAGCAUCUGGGUCUGCGACCCCUGGGAAGUGGUCAGCCAGCGUGGCAGCUGUUGUGCUGGGCUCUCUGUGGAAGAGGUGGACACUUGUGGUCAGAUACAUGAAAACAUCUGGUUUCUCAGGCCUGGGCUUACGGCAAGCACUGGAAGUAUUUAGCCAACACCAAUUUUGUUCACUGUGAUGCUAGGUACAGAAAACCACCAGGAGAAGUUUUGGAAACUUGAAAGAGCUGAAGAUGGGGUAGCUUACUGUAAAAUAGGAACUGUAACCGUAUCAUAAGUACUUGUGCUGUUCAUGAAACGCCUCUUGAGUCACGGGUGUUCAGUGAUUUGGUUUGAAUUAAAAAAUCUGGGACAGCUGGA